AUGUACUCCAAAUGAUUGGUGAAACCUAAAGUAAUUAACUAAAACUCUCGUCAAAAAAAGAAAGUGGAAAAGUAACUAAAACUUUUAACUUAAAUGGUGAAGAAGGCAUUGAAGACAGAGGAACUCUUCUUUGAACACAAGAGAAAGAAAAAAUGGUUUGAUAAGAAGGAUGGAAGUUGUGGUUUCAUGUUAUAUGCUCGAUCCUUGUUCGUUACUUUGGGUCAUCUGCAGUAUUGGUCUUGGAACAGCUUCAAAGAUACUGAUGAUGAUAACAUUGAAGUCGCGAAGCUGAUGAGCGUGUGCUGGCUUGAUGUGCGAGGAAAAUUGGCGAUGUCGGAGCUAUCAGCAGGAGUAACUUAUGAGUGUGUGUAUGUUAUUAAGUUAACAAAAUCAGCAUCUGGGUGGGAGCUUCCACUUAUGCUAAGAUUAAAUGUGCCAGGUGAAGAAACUAAGAUAAGGCAAUUUAGUUUAUUGAUGAAACCAAGAGGAGAAUGGUUUGAGUUAAAUUUGGGUACUUUCCAAGCAAAAGCUAAUGAAAUUGGAGAGGUGUGUUUUGAUAUCUUUGAACAUGGAGGUCAUUGGAAAACCGGGCUCAUCAUCAAAGCUGCUAUUAUUCGACCCAAACACUAGCUAGUUGCUUAUUUUAUUUACAAUAGUGUGUUUAGGUUGGAGGUAACAUAUUGCUCCCUCUGUUUUUUUUUAUUACAUUGUCUUUUGCACAAGAUUGUACGCAAUGUCAAUCUCAAGUUUCUUAAAGGUUACUUUUUGAGCCCAUUUAUUUAUAAAAUAAAGGAGAAAAGUGAAAAACAAUAAAAAUAUAUUACCUUUUGAUGGGUCAAGUACUUUAAAUAAGAUAAGUUUAAACAAUAUAGUAAUUAAAAAGAAACAACCAUUUAAGGAAAAAACAGUUUUAAAAACUCGGAGGGAGUAAUGUAUAUAGGGGGUAAUAAGUAAUUUGAGUUAUAAUAAGGAAGAUGAUGUCGUGUAGAGGUGUUACA